GCUGAGCGGAGAGUCAGAGGGUUUAUUUAACACGUCGCUCUGUCCUCCCCCACUUUCCCAACGCGCCACCAAGAGGGUUGCCUUCUGCGGUGGGAUCACGGUGUGGAAAACGCGGGGACUAACUCGAACCAGUUUCAUCUCAAAAUAACGUUUACAUUAAAACAACAGGGAUGAAAUCAUGCUAAAUUGACUUUUUUUUCUUGCGAUUGAAGCAUUUCAACGCAUUAGAGCGACAAGUGCUUUUACAAGUAUUUUCAGUAACACCUUGAUAAAUGCGCGUUUGCUUGUGAUUGCGUUGGAAAAGUACCGCGACUUUGACUGAGAAAUUGGAGUAAAAACAAUGGAACGAAUUCCAGGCGCGCAACCACCUCCUUUGUCCAAACAUCAGUCGGCUGAUCUGUCAGACAUGCAGGGGAUGGAUUUCCCGAUGUAUGUUUAUAAACCAAGGCGGGGAAUGAAGAGAGGGGAGGAAAGCAAGGAAACCUAUAAGCUGCCUCACAGACUUAUUGAGAAGAAAAGGCGUGACCGGAUAAAUGAGUGCAUCGCUCAGUUGAAAGAUUUAUUGCCAGAGCACCUGAAACUCACGACUCUGGGCCAUCUGGAGAAGGCUGUGGUUUUAGAGCUUACGCUCAAGCAUGUGAAAGCCCUCACCUCUCUUCUGGAGCAACAGCAGCAGAAGAUCCUUGCUCUGCAGAAUGGCAUGCAAAUUGAUCAGCCCCCUGUCAGCCACGAGAAGUCAGAGGAGAUGUUCCGCUCUGGUUUCCACAUGUGUGCCAAGGAGAUUCUGCAGUACCUAGCCAAUCAAGAGGCUGAUGGAGACCUCGCACCAUCCCACAUGAUCAACCACCUUCACAAGCUGGCUGCAGAGGUUCUGCAAAAUCCCCUCCGCCCCCGGACCCCCGUUAGCCCCAGACCAGAGGAAAUCCCUGUCCACCAACAGCAUCAACCUCACAAGGACAUGCCUACCAGCUCACCCCCCAAACCCAGCGAGGGCUAUGGGAGGAACUGUGUUCCUGUCAUACAGCGGGCAUAUGCUCCACCAAGUGGUGAGCAGAGCGGCAGUGACACAGAUACAGACAGCGGCUAUGGAGGGGAGUUGGAGAAGAGUGAGUCCAGGGUGCCACAGGGACGGCCAGACUACUACAAUCAGGAGAGCCAGCUAAAGAGAGCUCUGGGAGAGAGGCAAGGCGCCGGCAUAAAGCAGGAGGGAGAUGAGCCACAUCAUAAGCGACCCAGGAUGGAGUCGUCAGAGGAUGAGUUGCUCUCAGGGGGAGAGUCAUCAACCUCAUCCUCCUCCAGUGGCUACAGCAGCUACAUGAGUGUGUCCCCCCACCAGCAACCUCCUCCACAUCCUCUCUGCAUGCCUUUCUACCUCAUUCCACCCUCUGCUGCAGCCUACCUGCCAAUGCUGGAGAAAUGCUGGUACCCAGGGGCCAUGCCCAUGCUUUACCCCGGCCUGGGAGGCUCCACACCCACCAUGGCAAGCGAAAGGCCUUCUCAUCCGCAGCUCAUGUUGUCUCCAAGGGGUGGCUCCCCAGCUCCGACCAUGUCUCAAACCCCCAUGGACUCCCCUGCCCUCCUCCAGGCAUUAAAGCAGGUACCACCCCUCAACCUGGAAACCAAAGACUGAGAUGUAUGAGGAGAGAAGUGAUGUAGAGACAUUAGAAAGAUGGAGAACACGCUAGGCCAUCUCAUAACCCGUCCUCAUUCCUCUCCCCUGUUCCUCAGCUCAGAGGUCAAACAGAAGAGACAUCUAGAGAUGAUCAAGGAGAGGGAGGGUGGAGUGGAGGCCAACAUCUGUCCAGAGUCUGCUGAGGAGGACAAUAAAGCAAAGCAACUCAGCCCUUUGCUCCAAUUGAAUGUUUGGACUUAAUACACAAUGGUAUUGCUCAGUGCAAAUGUAUCACACUCAACUGGAUCUACCCCAAAACACAUGCACGCACACACACACCGAUACACAUCCUCACACACACUUGAUUGAAUGUAAAGGAAGAAAUGUUUCAGAUGCUGCUGCUGAAGCACACAUGCUGAUGACACUGAUGUGUCUCAGCUGUAGCUGUUGCCAUAGAGAUAACACCGACUUUGUACUCAUAAAAUUUGUUGCACCAAAUGUUAGCAGUAAUAUUUCACCCAAAGUUUGUUGCCUAUGUACUCUAGGUCACCAUUACCAUCACUGAAAAUGUCCUUUGACCCAGCCCCUAUGAUGACUGGCACUCUAAAAUAGGGUUUCCUCAAGAGUGUACAGACAAGAGCAAGGGUACACCCAUUCAUGGAUGGAGAAAGGGGUCGACACAUGACCACACUGAACGAGAAGUCUGUUAUUCACCGAAAUUACAGACAUUUAAGAUGGAUUUUCUGUAAUUACUGUUAAUAGACUUCUUGUACAUCUUUAUUUUUGAUACCUGUUCUAGCACUCUUUCUGGAAAGAUAGAGGGAGAGUAGAGUGUGGACGAUGUUUGUUGUAUACUCAGAAACUGUGUACAUACUGUAGCACUGUGCUGGACCUGGUCUGCAUAUUCAACAUCUGUUUCUACUCAAGUCAAACCUGGUGUUUGUUCUUGCUGUUGCCUUUUACUUGUGAAAAGCUGAUAAAACUCAGAUGUCUAUUCUCUGUACUUCAUAUGAAUACUGGAGUCAAAGGAGUGGAGAGAAGAGAAGUGAAUGUAAAAGUUUUAACAGAAGACUAGUUUUCUAUAGAAAGAGGUACUUGAGAUUUUAUAUUUUGGGACCUACAAGAAAGAUGUUUGAUGUACAUAUUUUGUCUAUAAAUGUUGAUAUACAUUAUAUAAGCGUAUUAAUAAAGUAUUUUUCCCGUGGAAA